AUGUUUAGAGAAGGGGUGACUUGUGCCCUGAGACGAGUGACUGUGAGUGAGUGAAACAGAACUGCGCGUUUGUCUGCGUGGUGAAAUGAGAGCAGAGGGAGAGUGCCUUGUUCUAAUCCAAUCGUUGCAGCUGGCUCAACCGAUACCCCGCCCGUUUCUUUACAGACAGAAGAGCUAGCCAAUAGUUGUUUGGAGCACACAGCCCUUCACACUGUUUGAGUGAAAGAGAGACGUGUGCUGGCACCUGAAAAUAACUUUUUUUUUCCGAUCACGGAUAAUUCCAAAAAAUACAUAUGUCAUAAUCAUAUUCGGAAAAUUCUCCAUAUCCGUUACGAUACUCGUUUUUUUGUCCGAGUACUCAGAGACACUCUUCUCUCUCUCUCUCUCACACACACACACACACACACACAUACACCGACUGUUUCUCACACUGACACAGCGUAGUUAAUUAGCCGUUGUGAGUGUGAAUGACGGUCCCACCGCUGCCCAUUACUCACCGAUCACUUGUCUAUAAUGGUAGGAGAUCCCCCUCUCUCUCCCUCCAUUCCUCCCUCCAUCUUCAGCACUUUGGCGCUUACAUUACCUUUAUAAAUUAUUCAGGGUCUGAUUGGAGCCACUAGGUCCCCUGCUGCCUGCCUGCCUGUCUAGCUGCCUGCAUGCCUGAUCUGCCUGCCUAGCUGCCUGCCUGCCUGGUCUGCCUGCCUAGCUGCCUGCCUGCCUGCCUGGUCUGCCUGCCUAGCUGCCUGCCUGCCUGGUCUGCCUGUCUAGCUGCCUGCCUGCCUGGUCUGCCUGCCUAGCUGCCUGCCUGCCUGGUCUGCCUGUCUAGCUGCCUGCCUGCCUGGUCUGCCUGCCUGCCUGGUCUGCCUGCCUAGCUGCCUGCCUGCCUGGUCUGCCUGUCUAGCUGCCUGCCUGUCUAGCUGCCUGCCUGCCUGGUCUGCCUGCCUGCCUGGUCUGCCUGUCUAGCUGCCUGCCUGCCUGGUCUGCCUGCCUAGCUGUCACUAUGGGAUUUUUCUAUUAGCCCGUGGCAGACGGACGCCUGGCCAGGCCUUGUUUAUUAACAGGCUCUGGCUCUCUAUUAGGCUGCCUUCCACUAUACCUACCUGAUGGAUGUGUGAUUUACACACUAACGCUUUGUUUUCUUACACCCCCCCCCCCCGUCCGUCCGUCCAUCUUCCUCCCCCUCAGUGUUUUCUAGGAAUCAGAGGUGCUCUCUGGGUGGUUUUCUAGGCUAGAUAAAUUCUGUGGUAAAUUACUCUGUCCAAACUGACAACAUGUUCCAUUGUAUAUUUUCACUGUAGCAGUGAGGUCAUUCUGCUUUAGCUGGCUAGCUACUUGUCAGUGUCAGUCUGUAUUGUAUGUUGGAGUGUAUUGACUGCAUGUAUCUUCUCAUCGUCUUUCCUGUGUCAUCUCUGAAUGGACAGAUAGGUGAAGCUGUUUUUAUACGCAAAACCAAGUCUGGUCGAUGUAGAAUUGAUUAGACGAUCUUUAGUAGACUAUCUUUCUUAUCGUGUGUAGACUAACACCAUUCUAUAAUUCCCCCCUGUAGCUCUGAGGUGACUGUUGCCUAUUUCUGCAGGUAGUACUGAUGGUUCAUACUACCGGUGUGCUCUCUAACUCUUCCUCUCUCCUCUCUGUGUCUAGGCUCACGAGCGCUCUGAGAGUGUGGAGGUCACAUUUGUGACCCAGCUGGUGAGGAAGCUGAUGAUCGUCAUCGCUCGGCCAGCACGCCUGCUGGAAUGUCUGGUAAGAGGAACGAGAGGGGGUAGACGGGGAAUUAUCGGAGGUGUUUCCCAACAAUGUUUCCUUCAAAUGAAUGAACAUCUCACACGUAAGUGCUUACCGGAGGGAGAUAGAUGAUGAAUGUCUAUAUCACGGUUUUCAAGAUGACACAAAAAAUAAAUGUUAUUUGUUUCAUAAAUUGGUUCCUAUUUUCAAGCCAGUCCUUUUCUUCCUAUUGUUAAUAAGCCACCUAGCCAUUUACUCUUCAUCGUGUGGUUACUCAAGCAUGGCUCUGUAUUUAUUGUCAUCUGUCCUCAGAGGCAGGUGCACUGCACGUGCAACAGCCUACAACACAGAAGUUUAUGUAUCACCCAUAGGAGCUCCCUCCCAUCCAUCCAGCAUCCCAGCUCAGUUUCUCAAGCAGCCCAAGCAUGCUGCUGCUCUCUGCCCAGCUAGGGAGAGGGGAGUGGGGGAAGAGACAGUGCUUCAUCACCCCCUCCUCCUCCUCCUCCUCCAUGGCUAAGCAGCUGGAACCAUCCCUCCACCUCAGCACUCUUUUCUGGAGCUGGGAGGGAGGAAGGGAAUCAGAGAGAGGGGGGUGGAGAGAGGGAGAGGCUGCCCCUGUGCUCACGUCAGUAUUUUUGACUAAUCACAUGCAGCCGAUGCUAUGACAACACGCAAGAUGGGUUUUUACAAAUGGACGCACACAGCUUGGAAAGAGGUGUUGGUGGGGGUACACUGGGAAAGAAAAAGUCCAGUGUCUGUGUUCUUUUGCCAAUCUUAAUCUUUUAUUUUUAUUGGCCAGUCUGAGAUAUGGCUUUUUCUUUGCAACUCUGCCUAGAAGGUCAGCAUCCCGGAGUCGCCUCUUCACUGUUGACGUUUAGACUGGUGUUUUGUGGGUACUAUUUAAUGAAGCUGCCAGUUGAGGACCUGUGAGGCGUCUGUUUCUCAAAGUAACCUAAUUUAUUUGUGCACCAGGGCCUCCCACUCCUCUUUCUAUUUUGGUUAGAGCCAGUUUGCGCUGGUCUGUGAAGGGAGUAGUAGUAUGAGAUCUUCAAUUUAUUGGCAAUUUCUCGCAUGGAAUAGCCUUCAUUUCUCAGAACAAGAAUAGAGAACGAGUUUCAGAAGAAAGUUAUUUGUUUCUGGCCAUUUUGAUCCUGUAAUCGAACAGACAAUUACUGAUGCUCCAGAUACUCAACUAGUCUCAAGAAGGCCAGUUUUAUUCCUUCUUUAAUCAGCACAACAGUUUUCAGCUGUGCUAACAUAAUUGCAAAAGGGUUUUCUAAUGAUCAAUUAGCCUUUUAAAAUGAUAAACAUGGAUUAGCAAACACAACGUGCCAUUGGAACACAGGACUGAUGGUUGCUGAUAAGAGUUCCCAGUCUGUAAAAUAAAAAAUACAAAUAAAUUAAGGAUGCACUCUGGAUAAGAGCGGCUGCUAAAUGACUAAAAUGUAAAAAUGUAAAUAAUGGGCCUAUGUAGAUAUUCCAAAAAAAUCAGCCGUUUCCAGCUACAAUAGCCAUUUACAAUGUCUACACUGUAUUUCUGAUCAAUUCUUUCGAAAACACAUUUCUAAGUGACCCCAAACUUUUGAACGGUAGUGUAUAUUUUUAAUUUUCUCAGUAAAGCUUUGAGAUAACUCUGUAAUGAAAAGUGCUAUACAAAUUACAUGUAUUAUUAUUAUGAUUAUUAUUAGAAAGAGAGGGUCUGUCUUUGUCAGAGGACAAGGAAAUAAAGGGGUGUUCACAUACAGUACAGUACAGUGCUGUUGUGGAUUAUUUUGCAGUACAUUCUCAUUACCUCCUCUCGAUUAUGCUCUCAGGAAUGAUUGUGCUGUUGUUGAGCCAGUGAGCCACAACAAACAAACACACACACACAUUCCAACUUUGGCUGAUUAUAACACAAUCUUCUCUAACCCCCCUCUCCUUUCCCUCCCUCUCUCCUCCCCCUCCGUCUCUCCCUGGUGUACAGGAGUUUGACCCGGAGGAGUUCUACCACCUGUUGGAGGCAGCAGAGGGCCAUGCCAAGGAGGGCCAGGGCAUCAAGUCAGACAUCCCACGCUACAUCAUCAGCCAGCUGGGUCUCACCAGGGAUCCCCUGGAGGAGAUGGCCCAGCUGAGCAGCUACGACAGUGGGAACCCAGACACACCAGAGACAGACGACUCUGUGGAUAGUCGAGGGGCCACAGUGCCUGGAGUAGCUCCCCCUAAAACCAAGGCCCCACGGGAGGAGGACUUUGAGAACAUCAAGCUCAUCAGCAAUGGGGCUUAUGGGUAAGACAGUCAGCCAGACAGGCAGGCUUGUACCUUUAUAAGACAGUAGAUUGAGACUGAAGCGUCCCCAUGGGUUUGUUAACCCAUGACAAUGACGAUAAUGAUCAUAAUAGUUCUAACACUGUUGGCCACCAUUUGAUUAUUUCUCCUCUCUUCCCCUUCUCUCUCUCUAUCUCUCUCUCUCUCUCUCUCCCUCCCCCCCCCCGCGCUCUCUCUCUCUUCUUCCCUCCCCCUCCUCCUCUCUCCCACCCCAUUUCUCUCUGCAGUGCUGUGUACCUGGUGCGUCACAAGGAGACCCGUCAGCGUUUUGCCAUGAAGAAGAUCAACAAGCAGAACCUAAUCCUAAGGAACCAGAUCCAGCAGGCCUUUGUAGAGAGAGACAUCCUGACCUUUGCUGAGAACCCUUCGUGGUCUCCAUGUUCUGCUCCUUCGAGACACGCAGACACCUCUGUAUGGUCAUGGAGUAUGUGGAGGGUAAGAGCUGAUUAUACACACAUAAAGCUCAUUUGCACGCACACACACACACACACACACACACACCUCUGUAUGGUCAUGGAGUAUGAGGAAGGUAAUAGCUGAUCAUACACACAGUUGACAUGCAUCAGGGGUGGCCAACCCUCUCCCUGGAGAGCUACUAGUUAUGCAGGCUUUUGCUCCAAACACACCUGAUCCAGCUAAUCAAGGUCCUGAUGAGCAGCUAAUUAGUAGAAUCGUGAAGGGGGCCCCCUUCUUCCUUACAUACUGGGUACACACUGACACAGUUUCUUCCAUGUUUGUGAGCGGGGGUGUAGAUAUUACUGACUGUCGUUUCCUCUGCCUUCCCCAGGUGGUGACUGUGCCACCCUGCUGAAGAACAUUGGGGCUCUGCCCGUGGACAUGGCACGCAUGUACUUCGCUGAGACCGUACUGGCACUGGAGUACCUCCACAACUAUGGCAUCGUACACAGAGACCUCAAACCUGACAAGUAACACACACACACACACAAGAAGGCAGUAUCUGUCUUACAACUUCAUUUUGAUACUUCUCAUGGGCUUUAAUAAUUCACCCGCUAUAAGCGUUAUUCACCAUCUCAUAAUGCUUCCAUCUCUCUCUCUCUCGUUCUCUCUCCUUGCCUACCUCCUUCCUGCAGUCUUCUGAUCACUUCGAUGGGCCACAUCAAGCUGACAGACUUUGGCCUGUCUAAGAUCGGUCUGAUGAGCCUCACCACCAACCUGUAUGAAGGACACAUAGAGAAGGAUACCAGGGAGUUCCUGGAUAAACAGGUACAGAGAGAGACUCAUCUGGCGACCAACACAUAACACCCUAGCUCUGUCACUGGUCACUCACUCUUCCCUUAUGUAUAACAAAGUGUAUGACGAUGUGUACAUGUAUGAGACCGACUAAGGGAAUGCAACAUUGUACUGUUAGUGACUGUUAGGGUGUAUGUGUGCUGUUUUCAGUUCUCUCCCUGCCUAUACUUGACCCUUCCCCUCUGUGUGUGUAUUACCAGGUGUGUGGUACACCAGAGUACAUAGCCCCAGAGGUGAUCCUGAGACAGGGCUAUGGGAAGCCAGUAGACUGGUGGGCCAUGGGGGUCAUCCUGUAUGAGUUCCUGGUGGGCUGUGCUCCCUUCUUUGGAGACACGCCAGAGGAGCUCUUUGGACAGGUCAUCAGUGGUGAGUACCAGAGAUAACAGAAGUCCAUUAACACAGGAGUCUGCAUUUUUAACAGAGAAAAAAGGAAAUAAAAAAUAGAAAAGUGAUUGCUGUGUUUUCUAAAUGUAUGUGGAAAAAUGCAUCUCACUACAGUUUCUGCUCUCUGUCUCUGUAGAUGAGAUCAUAUGGCCAGAGGAGGAGGAGGCUCUUCCUAACGAUGCCCAGGACCUCAUCUGUAAACUCCUCAGACAGAACCCUCUGGAGAGGCUGGGCACAGGCAGUGCAUUUGAGGUGAAGCAACACCGGUUCUUCUAUGACCUGGACUGGAACAGUCUGCUGAGACAGAAGGCAGAGUUCAUCCCUCAGCUGGAGUCAGAGGAAGACACCAGCUACUUUGACAGUAAGUCACACCUAUUCUACAUGAUAUACAGUGCAUUCAGAAAGUAUUCACACCCCUUCCCUUUUUCCAGAUUUUCCGCACUGUAGAUGUACCUAUAGUAACACCCUGAACCUACUCUGCUAUUCCUUUACUCACACUCCAUAGUCAUUUACAUAAUAGAAUACCGUUUAAAUAGUCGCUGUACUUCAACAUAGAGCUUACCCUUCAUAACUGCUUUACACACGCUUAUUCUAUCUCCCAGUCUCCCUGUACUGUGUCAUGAAAAGGAGUUUGUCAUGUAACUUAGUGUCGUUUUCCUCUUUCUCUCUCUCUCUAGCCCGUUCAGACAGGUACCACCACAUGGACUCUGAAGAUGAGGACGACACUAACGAUGACGAUCACGUAGAGAUGCGCCAGUUCUCCUCCUGCUCGCCCCGCUUCAGCAAGGUAAACCGCACACGCACGUACAAAUACACACACCCACCACCGCCGCUGCAAAUGGAAUCACUCCAUGUACUCCAUGUAAUCACAACUGUGUAGGUGUACAGCAGUAUGGAGCGUCUGUCCCUCCAUGAGGAGAAGCGGACCCCCCCGCCCACCAAGCGGAGCCUUAGUGAGGAAGGAGGAGAGCGCAUCGACAGCCUCAGUGGGCUCAAGUCCAGAGACCGCUCCUGGCUGGUGGGGUCACCUGAGAUGUGAGUAUAGGGGGCUCUUCCGAGGCCAGCAAACCAAAGCCUAAUUUACUAUAGUGUAUUCUAAUUAUUUAUGUUUUCCACUAUAGGAGCUGUCUGUGUCUUGCAUCACCAACAACAGAACUGUAGCCUUAUAGAUUCUAAAUCCCAAGCAUUUCACUUAGUUAGGGUAGUUGACACAACCUUUUGACAAACACAAUAUUCUGUAUGUUCUGUAUGUGUAACGUCCCUCUCCUGUGUCUCCCUCCCACAGCCUGCGUAAGCGUCUGUCCGUCUCGGAGUCGUCCCACACUGAGAGUGACUCCAGCCCUCCUCUGACGGUGCGUAGACGCUGCUGCUCCGCCAUCAUCGAGAUGCCGCGCUUUGCCAUCUCUUCGGAGGAGGAAGGAGGGGUGGCCCUGAGUCAUAAGAGCCCCAGCCUGCUCAGCCAGACCCUCGGGGGAUUCAGGGGCCCCCGCAGUGAGGAGCUGCCCCUCUCCAUCCCAGAGCUCCCCGUAGAGAGAGAGCUGAAACUGGUCCAGUCCCCCACCACACCUGGGUCCACCACCAGCCAGCUCAGCAGAGCCACACUCACACGUCAGUACUGGCUAAACAAUAUACUCGCUCUAUAGAUGGGUGUCUGCUUUGAUUCCAUUCACAUGACAGUGUCUUACUAUACAUAUACAGUACCAGUCAAAAGUUUGGACACACCUACUCAUUCAAGGGUUUUUCUUUAUUUUUACAAUUUUUUACAUUGUAGAAUAAUAGUGAAGACAUCAAAACUAUGAAAUAAUACAGCUGAAGUCGGAAGUUUACAUACACUUAGGUUGGAGUCAUUAAAACUCGUUUUUCACCCACUCCACAAAUUUCUUGUUAACAAACUAUAGUUUUGGCAAGUCGGUUAGGACAUCUACUUUGUGCAUGACACAAGUAAGUUUUCCAACAAUUGUUUACAGACAGAUUAUUUCACUUAUAAUUCACUGUAUCACAAUUCCAGUCGGUCAGAAGUUUACAUACACUAAGUUGACUGUGCCUUUAAACAGCUUGGAAAAUUCCAGAAAAUGAUGUCAUGGCUUUAGAAGCUUCUGAUAGGCUAAUUGACAUCAUUUGAGUCAAUUGGAGGUGUACCUAUGGAUGUAUUUCAAGGCCUACCUUCAAACUCAGUGCCUCUUUGCUUGACAUCAUGGGAAAAUCAAAAGAAAUCAGCCAAGACCACAGAAAACAUUUUGUAGACCUCCACAAGUCUUGUUCAUCCUUGGGAGCAAUUUCCAAAUGCCUGAAGGUACCACGUUCAUCUGUACAAACAAUAGUACGCAAGUAUAAACACCAUGGGACCACUCAGCCGUCAUACCGCUCAGGAAGGAGACGCCUUUAGUCUCCUAGAGAUUAACGUACUUAGGUGCGAAAAGUGCAAAUCAAUCCCAGAACAACAGCAAAGGACCUUGUGAAGAUGCUGGAGGAAACAGGUACAAAAGUAUCUAUAUCACAGUAAAACGAGUCCUAUAUCGACAUAACCUGAAAGGCCGCUCUGCAAGGAAGAAGCCACUGGUCCAAAACCGCCAUAAAAAAGCCAGACUACGGUUUGCAACUGCACAUGGGGAAAAAUAUCGUACUUUUUGGAGAAAUGUCCUCUGGUCUGAUGAAACAAAAAUAGAACUGUUUGGCCUUGAUGACCAUUGUUAUGUUUGGAGGAAAAAGUGGGCAGCUUGCAAGCCGAAAAACACCAUCCCAACCGUAAAGCACGGGGGUGGCAGCAUCAUACUGUGGGGGUGCUUUGCUGCAGGAGGGACUGGUGCACUUCACAAAAUAGAUGACAUCAUGAGGAAGGAAAAUUAUGUAGAUAUAUUGAAGCAACAUCUCAUGACAUCAGUCAGGAAUUUAAAGCUUGGUCGCAAAUGGGUCUUCGAAAUGAACAAUGACUCCAAGCAUACUUCCAAAGUUGUGGCAAAAUGGCUUAAGGACAAUAAAGUCAAGGUAUUGGAGUGGCCAUCACAAAGCCCUGACCUCAAUCCUAUAGAACAUUUGUGGGCAGAACUGAAAAAGAGUGUGCGCGCAAUGAGGCCUACAAACCUGACUCAGUUACACCAGCUCUGUCAGGAGGAAUGGGCCAAAAUUCACCCAAUUUAUUGUGGGAAGCUUGUGGAAGGCUACCCGAAACGUUUGACCCAAGUUAAACAAUUUAAAGGCAAUGCUACCAAAUACUAAUUGAGUGUAUGUAAACUUCUGACCCACUGGGAAUGUGAUGAAAGAAAUAAAAGCUGAAAGAAAUAAUUCUCUCUACUAUUAUUCUGACAUUUCACAUUCUUAAAAUAAAGUGGUGAUCCUAACUGACCUAAGACAUGGACUUUUUACAGGAUUACAUUUCAGGAAUUGUGAAAAACUGAGUUUAAAUGUAUUUGGCUAAGUUGUAUGUAAACUUCCGACUUCAACUGUACAUAUGGAAUUGUCCUGUUGAAAAACAAAUGAUAGUCCCACUAAGCCCAAACCAGAUGGGAUGGCAUAUCGCUGCAGAAUGCUGUGGUAGCCAUGCUGGUUAAAUAAAACACAGACAGUGUCACCAGCAAAGCACCCCCACACCAUAACACCUCCUCCUCCAUGCUUUACGGUGGUAACUACACAUGCAGAGAUCAUCCGUUCACCCACACAGCGUUUCACAAAGACACGGCGGUUUGAACCAAAAAUCUCCAAUUUGGACUCCAGACCAAAGGACAAAUUUCCACCGGUCUAAUGUCCAUCGCUCGUGUUUCUUGCCCCAAGCAGGUCUCUUCUUCUUAUUGGUGUCCUUUAGUAGUGGUUUCUUUGCAGCAAUUCGACCAUGAAGGCCUGAUUCACACAGUCCUCUCUGAACAGUUGAUGUUGAGAUGUGUCUGUUACUUGAACUCUGUGAAGCAUUUAUUUGGGCUGAAAUUUCUGAGGCUGGCAACUCUAAUGAACUUAUCCUCUGCAGCAGAGCUAACUCUAGGUCUUCUAUAUGUGUUAUUUCAUAGUUUUGAUGUCUUCACUAUUAUUCUACGAUGUAAACAAUUGUAAUUUUUUUUUUAAAAAUACUCUUGAAUGAGUAGGUGUGUCCAAACUUUUGACUGGUAGUGGGGUCUGAAAUGAUUGACACCCUUAAUAAAGAUGAGCAAAAAUUUCUAUAUAAAAUAAAUAAUUCAAAAACUGAGCUAUAUUGUAUGCCCCAGAAAAUAUAUACUAAUACAAUAUCUCCGAAAAAAAUAUUUUGUUUAACAAGUAAUACAAAUACAUUCUCAAUAAGGUAGUGGUUAAUAUUAUUGACACCCUUGUUUUCAAUAACUUUUAAUGCCUCACCUUAAGAGGAUAACGGCACUGAUCCUUUUCUAAAAUGUUUUAUGAGUUGGAGAACACAUUGUGAGGGAUCUUAGAACAUUCCUCCAUCCUUUAUCUGCGCUUAUGGCUGCCCUCUUCAAUUCAAGCCACAGGUUUUCAAUGGUUGUAAGUCUGGAUACUUUUGUGGCCAAUUAACCAUUUAUUUGUGGAUUUUGAUAUGGAUUUUGUUGUGUUCUUUUCUGCUCAUACAUUCUCAUUUCGACGCCAAACCCACCACUGGUGUAUGUGGCCAAAGAUAUCUAUGUCAUCUGACCAAAGCACCGGUUCCAAUCUAAGUGCCAAUGCCGUUUAGCAAACACCAGGCGUUUACAUUUGUUGGAUGACAUGAAGAUAGAGCUCUUUGGCCACUCACACCAGGGGUGGGUUUGGCAUUGAAAUGAGAAUGCAUGGACAUGAACGAACCCCAUACCUACUGUAAAAUAUGGUGGUGGAUCUUUGAUGUUAUGGGGCUAUUAUGCUUUCACUGGUCCUGGGGCCCUUGUUAAGGUCAACGGAAUCAUGAAAUUUACCCAGUACCAGGACAGUUUUGCCAAAAAUCUGGUUGCCUCUGCCAGGAGGCUGAAACUUGAUCGCAAGUGGAUCUUCCAGUAAGACAAUAACCCCUAGCACACAUCUAAAUCCACAAAUAAAUGGUUAAUUGGCCACAAAAUCUAUUUUGCAAUGGGCAUCUCAGUCUCUGGACUUGAAACUCAUUGAAAACCUGUGGUUUGAAUUUAAGAGGGCAGUCCAGAAGCGCAGACAAAGGAUAUCAAGGAUCAGGAAGGAUUCUGUAUGGAAGAAUAGUCUAAGAUCCCUCCCAAUGUGUUCUGUAACAUUUUAGAAAAAGGCUCAUUGCCUUUAUUCUCGCAAGGUGAGGUAUUGAAAACAGGGGUGUCAAUUUCUACCCCUACCCUUUUGAUUUAAAAAAGUAUAACUUGUUAAACAAAAUAUCUUUCUCUGAGCAAUUGUAUUAGUAUAAAAUAUUAUAAUUUCCCAAUUGUUUUAGCUUAGCUCAGUAUUAUUAUCAUUUUUUUGUAUACAGUAAUUUUUGCUCAUUUUGUCAAGGGUGUCAAUCAUUUCGAACCCCACUGUAUAUACAGUACAUGUACGCUCCCCUCCAUACGUAUUCGGACAGCGAAGCUACAUUUUUAUAUUAGGCUCCCAUAUUCCUUGCACGCAUUAACUACAUCAAGCUUGUGACUCUACAAAGUUGUUGGGGCAUUUGCAUCCUCCCCAUAAAAAAAGUAUUAAAUUAAGGCACAAAGAUCAUACACCUCCAAAAAAUAUGUUUAGUUGUAUACUCUGAACGGCAUCUCACUUAUCAUUAUUCAUGAUUCAUUCAUGAUUUUUCAGGAUUAUCAGGAUUAAUUUAGAAGUGUUCAGAAACAUCUUAUCUACUCACUUAAGCCCUAUUCACAGAGGUUAUGUAAUUAUUACCUGAGCAUGUCUGUUUUUCCAGAGGAUGAUUCGGAUGGGAUUAGUUUUACCAAACUGCCCCCUCUAAUUUUGUUUUCCUUCUCAUUCAAAAUGUGAUGAUGGAAGCCUGGAGGCUGUUCUAGGCUUGAAGAUAUUUCAACUUGUCUAGGGAUAGCCUAAUAUUGGCUUUCAGUUUGGGGACAGUUUGGAGACAGUCAAAAUAAUAUCAAUAAGAACCCUUAAUUAAUUUAUUAAUUUAUUAACUGACAUAUUUUUUCAAUUGAUGAAUUCAUUGGCACAAUAUCAUCCGCUUAAUCUUUUAAAAGUGAAAUAGGCACUGGGAAAGUUGGUAUAUGACAAAACAGAUCAUUCAUCUGUAGGCUAUGUGAAUAGCACUUUGUUUUAAGCAUGAAGUUGUUCCCAUGUUCUUACCCAAACUGCGAGCAGCAUCUGUUAAACACUGUAAUACCAGUGUAAUACCAGUAUUACCAGGUAAUACCACCUCAAGCUGAACCUCGGCAAGACAGAGCUGCUCUUCCUCCCGGGGAAGGACUGCCCGCUCCAUGAUCUCGCCAUCACGGUUGACAACUCUGUUGUGUCCUCCUCCCAGAGUGCAAAGAACCUUGGCGUGACCCUGGACAACACCCUGUCGUUCUCCGCUAACAUCAAAGCGGUGACCCGGUCCUGUAGGUUCAUGCUCUACAACAUUCGCAGAGUACGACCCUACCUUACACAGGAAGCGGCACAGGUCCUAAUCCAGGCACUUGUCAUCUCCCGUCUGGAUUACUGCAACUCGCCGUUGGCUGGGCUCCCUGCCUGUGCCAUUAAACCCCUACAACUCAUCCAGAAUGCUGCAGCCCGUCUGGUGUUCAACCUUCCCAAGUUCUCUCACGUCACCCCGCUCCUCCGCACACUCCACUGGCUUCCAGUUGAAGCUCGCAUCUGCUACAAGACCAUGGUGCUUGCCUACGGAGCUGUGAGGGGAAUGGCACCCAAACGAGGGCAUUGCGUUCUUCCACCUCUGGCCUGCUGGUCCCCCUACCUCUGCAGAAGCACAGUUCCCGCUCAGCCCAGUCAAAACUGUUCGCUGCUCUGGCACCCCAAUGGUGGAACAAGCUCCCUCACGACGCCAGGACAGCGGAGUCACUGACCACCUUCCGGAGACACUUGAAACCUUACCUCUUUAAGGAAUACCUGGGAUAGUAUAAAAGUAAUCCUUCUACCCCCCACCCCACCCCCACAAAAAAAAAAAAUAUAUAUAUAUAUAUAUAUAUAUAUAUAUAUAUAUAUAUAUAUAUAUAUAUAUAUAUAUAUAUAUAUAAAACAAAUGAAAAUUAAAAAUAUACUCUAGAAACAAAAAAAUAUAUAUAUUUCUUUAAAAAAAAGAAUAUUGUAAAGUGGUUGUCCCACUGGCUAUCAUAAGGUGAAUGCACCAUUUUGUAAGUCGCUCUGGAUAAGAGCGUCUGCUAAAUGACUAAAAUGUAAAUGUAAUACCCCUCAAAACACAGGGAUGUCGAUUCGCAAGGGAUAAGUAUUAUCAGAGGGCCUUGGAGUUUGCCAAAAAACUGUAGGUUCUUCUGGCUGGAAUUGUUACUCUCCCGUCAUGUGAAGGUUACUGACAUGGCAGAUUCUCAUGGGACUAAAAUUACAGAUGUGGUGUUUUGUGCUCAUGCACAUAAUUACUUUACCCGACCUCCCCCAGUAAAACUAAUUCCGUCCAAAUAGAGCUUUAGAAAUAAAAUUAUUCCAGCCAUCAUUCAAUUACUAUUGGGCAAAAUACACUGAGUGUACAAAACAUUAGGAACAUUUCCAUGACCAGGUGAAUCCAGGUGAAAGAUGUGAUCCCUUAUUGAUGUCACUUGUUAAAUCCACUUCAAUCGGUGUAGAUGAAGGGGAGGAGACAUGUUAAAGAAGGAUUUUUAAGCAUUGAGACAUGGAUUGUGUAUGUGUGCAAUUCAGAGGGUGAAUGGGAAAGACAAAAGAUUUAAGUGCCUUUGAACGGGGUAUGGUAGUAGGUGCCAGGCGCACCGGUUUGAGUGUGUCAAGAACUGCAACGCUACUGGAUUCUUCCCGCUCAACAGUUUCCCAUGUGUAUUGUUAGCAGUUGAUGUUAUUCUUCAAUAACACAGACCCCAAAGCAAAUCAGGGGGGGGGGGGGGGGAUAUAUUUAUUCAAAGAGAACAAAUCAUAGUUGUUAUGCUGGAAAGUAGAUGGUAGAUGUUCAUUCUUCCCUGUUCUCAAUGUUUCUCCACUGAACAAAGAGACAGGAUGCAGUUCAUAGCCUCAAGCCUAGCAUGUGGCUGACCAAUUAAAAUUCCUCGCAAUAAAAUUGGGCUACUGGCCAUUUGGACCAAUGAAGACUUGCCCCAUGUAGCUAUGAGUUCCUGGUUGGAACCCCUACAAAGAUUCUAAACAGAUGUUGAACUGAAAAACAAUUAUUUCCAUUGAUCGUUAAUUCCCUCUUGACCUCUUGACCACUAGUCCCCUUGACCACUAGUCCUCUGCGUUGUGUGUAUUUAUCUUCGAAUAUUCUUACAGUAUCAAGAAUUGUCCAUCACCCAAAGGACAUCCAGCCAACUUGACACAACCGUGGGAAGCAUUGUAGUCAACAUGGGCCAGCAUCCCUGUGGAACGCUUUCAACACCUUGUAGAGUCCAUGCACGACGAAUAGAGGCUGUUCUGAAGGCAAAAGGGGGUGCAACUCAAUAUUAGGAAGGUGCGUCUAAUGUUUUGUACACUCAGUGUAACUCAAAACAAACUGCACAUCCAAUGAGUUGCAAGGAAUAAUGGACCAAAUACUAGUUAUAAUAUAUGCUAUUUAGCAGACGCUUUUAUCCAAAGCAACUUACAGUCAUGUGUGCAUACAUUUUACAUAUGGGUGGUCCCGGGAAUCGAACCCACAUUCCGGGCAUUGCAAGCGCCAUGCUCUACCAACUGAGCCAUACAGGAUCACAAAUGAAAGGAAGCAUUCUGAACUGUCACCUCAUAAAACAUUUGAUCUGAAAUCCAAAAUGCUGGAGUAUAGAGCCACAUUUUCGCUUCACUGUCCAAAUACAUAUGGAGGGGAGUGUAUAUACACUGCAAUAGCAUUACAUAUAGAACCCUUUUAAUUAUAGGUGCACUUCUAUUUUUUGUUUGCAAUUUACCUGGUACUAUAUUUUCUCUAUAUUUACCUCUCUAUUCCUCUCCUCCCUCUCUCCCUUUCUCUCUCUCUCUCUGCCUCUCUCUCUCCCUCUCCAUAGUGGGUAGUUCAGGAGAUGUGUGGGAGCGUGGUACAGGGUCAGGAGCAGACAGCUCUACCUCUGCCCCUAAGGCCAUCAGUGACCUGGCAGUUAGGAGGGCCCGCCACAGACUGUUGUCUGGAGACACGGACAAACACACCCAGUCCAGACCCCUCAACAAGGUCAUCAAGUCUGCCUCCACCACUACCCUCUCACUCAUGAUCCCUGCAGGUACACAUGGGGGUGUGUGUGGGGAGGGAUAAUUAGUGUGUGUGUGUGUGUGUGUGUGUGUGUGUGUGUGUGUGUGUGUGUGUGUGUGUGUGUGUGUGUGUGUGUGUGUGUGUGUGUUAUGGGCAUGUCUCUGGGUACGUUUUUCAGUGUGAGUGUGUCUGUUUGCAUUUCUUUCUGUUUUGGGGUUGGAUCUUGGCCUUAGUAUUCAGUACUUGAGGUAAAACUGAUAGUAAUAUAAUACAGGUGUGUAUGUAUAUACUCUAUUUGCUACUGGUCUGAUCUCCCUAUCAAAUCUCCUCUCCCCUCUCACUAGACCACCAUGGAGCCUCCCCAUUGGCUAGCCCCAUGUCACCCCACUCCCUCUCCUCCAAUCCCUCGUCCAGAGACUCCUCCCCCAGUAGAGACCUGUUCCCGGCCGUAGCCAACAUCAAGCCCGCCAUCAUCAUCCACCGGGCGGGCAAGAAGUACGGCUUCACCCUCCGUGCCAUCAGGGUAUACAUGGGAGACACAGAUAUCUACACCGUACAUCACAUAGUCUGGGUGAGUAGGAGGCCCAAACUACACUGGCUGCUUUACACUUAUUCCAUUAAACUAAAAGAGAUUUAACACUGCUGGUAAUCCGGUUCUUCAUUCGAUUCAAGGACAGUGUUACCAGUGAGUUGCCAGUGAUAUGAUUUGGUGUAUAAUUUCAAUCUCUCUCCCUCUCUCUCUCUGUCUCUCUCAGCAUGUGGAAGAGGGUGGUCCUGCCCAUGAUGCGGGGCUGAGAGAAGGAGAUCUCAUCACUCAUGUGAACGGGGAGGCUGUCCACGGCCUGGUCCACACUGAGGUGGUGGAGCUCAUCCUCAAGGUACACACUUACAUAUACACGCACGCACGCGCACACACACACACACACACACACACACACACACACACACACACACAUACACUAGCUCCUGUCUUAUACGUGUUGUGUCUUACCCUCAGAGCGGUGGUAAGGUGUCCAUCUCAGCCACACCCUUUGAGAACACCUCCAUCAAGGUAGGCCCCGCCCGCAAGACCGGCUCCAAAUCCAAGAUGGCGCGUCGCAUCAAAAAGACCAAGACCAAAGAUGGAGGCCAGGAAAGGUUGGUCUCUUAUCUGACACACUUACCAUGCACCGUUCUUCUCAGCAGUCAUGCUACAUGGAAUAUAAAUUAUGCUAAAUGGAUUAUUUGUUUGUGUCUUUUUAACUAUUGUUCAACUGUGUGCGUGUGUGUGUGUGCGUGUGUUUCCAUUAGCAGCAGUAAGAAGAGGAACUCUCUGUUCAGGAAGAUCACUAAGCAGGCGUCUCUGCUCCACACCAGCCGUAGUCUAUCCUCUCUCAACCGCUCUCUGUCCUCUGGAGAGAGUGGACCAGUGUCCCCCACACACAACCUGUCCCCCAGGUCACCUACACCGGGCUAUCGCUCCACGCCUGACUCUGCACACUCUGGUAAGACACACAGGGCCUGAAUACAUCCUACAAACACAAACCUCGCACAAGGUCUUGAAAUAGGUCAUAAAAGGUGGUGAUUAUGUGUGCAGAACAUUUUAGGAAUGUUAGUAAAUGCGUAAAGUUCUAACUGUGUGUUUGUGUGUGUGUUGUGUUUUCUCAGUAGGGGGGAACUCGUCUCAGAGCAGCUCUCCCACCUCCAGUGUGCCUAACUCCCCAGCCAGCUCCGGUCACAUCCGGCCCAGCUCCCUCCAUGGCCUGGCCCCCAAGCUCCAGCGCCAGUACCGCUCCCCUCGCCGCAAGUCAGCCGGCAACAUCCCCCUAUCCCCCCUGGCCCGCACCCCCUCCCCCACCCCGCAGGGCACCUCCCCCCAACGUUCUCCCCCCCCCCUGCCCAGCCAUGCCGUGGGCUCCUCCUCUAUGGGUCAGUCCUUCCCCGUCAAGCUCCACUCCUCCCCCCCUCUGGUCAGGCAUAUCUCCAGGCCCAAGAGCACCGAACCCCCCCGCUCCCCACUCCUCAAACGAGUACAAUCCACCGAGAAGCUAGCCUCCUCCCUCUCCUCCACCUCCUCCCCCUCUGCGUCGGGGGCCGGAGGUGACAAGAAGCUGCCUGUAACGGUGACAGGACGUAAACACAGCCUGGACAUCUCCCACCAGGAGUUUAAGAAGGAGAUGCUUCAGAGAGACUCCAGUCUGCAGAGCCUGCAGGUGUCAGCUGUGGAGAGAGAGAGUCUGCUGCUGGGGGUCGGGCUGGGGCCCGGGGUGGGGGGUCGUGGGGGCCCUGUGGAGAAGGGCAGCCUACAGAAACACUCCUCCUCCAGCAGGAAGCUGGGGCUGGCCCCCGGGAAGAGCAAGCUGAAGGACAAGCUGUCAGCCAUUAGACAGGACCGGGCUGAGAGGAGGGAGUCACUGCAGAAGCAGGAUGCUAUCCACGAGGUGGACUCUUCAGAGGACGAGACAGACGAGGGGUCAGAGGACAGCCAGGACGGGAGGGGCAGGAACACCUGUACUUUCACCCCCCCGCUGCUCCGCCCCACCUCCGUCAUGGCCACCGCCCCCCGCACGGGACCCGGGGGCACCCUCCCCUCCCUGUGUCUGUCCCCCACCUCCACCCUGCUGCCCAGCAGAGCCACCAAACCCUCCACACUCCCCGAACACAAGCCCAUUCAGAGUGCUCCUUCGCUGGGAGGGAAAGACAGCGGCUCAGCCUCCUCGGAUGACUGUGGGAGGAGAGAGGGGAAGGCUCCAGACCCCAGCUCCAAAUUCACCCAGAGCCCUCUGUCCAGCACUUUCGCCACCCCCGGCAGUGCUUUCAUCUCCAUCACUAAGGACACAUUCCUGAAGCCUGCUGCUCCAUCUUCACAUCAGGAAUGGAGGAGCCCCAAGCUACCUGAGACCAGAGGGAAGAGCAGUAGCCCUGGGUUAUGGAGUGAGGAGAGAGACUCUGGCCUGGAGGCCCCCAGAUCCAGCCCCACUGGGUCCAUAGACGGCAGGUACAUAGCCCACACACCCAUCUCCUCCCCAGGCAUCACCAAGGAGAAAAAGGAGGCAGACAACCGGAGACAGGCUGCUGCUGCCGCCGCGGCCUACGCCACCCCAGCCUAUGCCACCCCCAGCCCCCCAGCCCCAGUGUCAGGGUCAGAGAGUGGGGUGGACAAGGUGGUGUCCCAGCUAGCCACCGUGGCUAAGAGCUUCCUGGGGCCCGUCAAACUCACCAUCCCUGGGGCCAAGGAGGCCUUUGAGAGGGCCAAGGACCAGAACCAGAGACCCUCCGACCCCCCUCACCCCAAGGCCACACCCGAACCCCCCUCCCCCUCCCCCUUUAGACACCCUGCCCCUCAGCCACCUCCCCGCCUGUCCUCCCAGUCUCCUAACCGUCAGCCCUCCUCCAAAACUGAGCCAGCCCCCCCUCCACAGAGGAGGGCCUCCCCUCCUAAAGACUGUACCCCGGGGCCCCAGGACCACCCGGAAAGGCCGUUGGUGGUGUUACGAGGCAGUGGGGAGACUGCAGCCAUUACAGCUGUUACUGCACCAAGGCAGGGGCCCACCACCACACCCAUACCCACCCAGAUCCCUACUGCAGCCCCGGAGCAGCGCAAGAGGCCAGACCCCCCGGCCCCACAGAGACCCAGCCCUGCCUCCGCAGCCUCCACCCCACAGGACAAAACCAGCAGCAAGAAGACGUAG